AUGGCCGCGGCCGUGCAAAACUCACGUGUGAGUGCGGGGAAAAAGCUGAAAAAUUCCUUAAAGAAAAAAAAGAAGAUGAAAAUGGUAGCCAGGGCUGUGACAGCGAAGCUGGAAGAUGAGGGCAAAGACGCUUCCGACAGUGAAGGAAGCUAUGAAUCAGAAAAGGAUCAUAUGUCUGAUGAUGAAGCAAUAGAAGCUGACAAUGAGGAUGAUGUUGAACCCUGUGACAAAGAAGAUGAAAAUGCUGCAGAAUCAAGUGCUGGGACUAAUGUGGGCUGGGCAGAUGCCAUGGCUAAAAUCCUUAACAAAAAAACUCCUAAAAGUAAACCCACCAUUCUCAUCAAAAACAAAGAGCUGGAAAAAGAAAAAGAGAAGUUAAAGCAAGAAAGACUAGAGAAAAGAAAACAGCUUGAUAAGAAGCGGGAGUGGGAAAUGAUGUGCAGAGUAAAGCCAGAUGUCGUCAGAGACAAAGAAACAGAGAGAAAUCUUCAGAGAAUUGCAACAAGGGGUGUGGUGCAGUUAUUUAAUGCUGUUCAGAAACAUCAAAAGAAUGUUGAUGAAAAGAUUAAAGAAGCAGGAGGCUCUAUUAGAAAGCGCACUAAGUUGAUAUCAUCUGUUUGCAAGAAAGAUUUUAUUAGUGUUCUAAGAGGAAUGGAUGGGAGUACAAAUGAAAAAAGUUCAUCUGGGAAGAACUCAAAAGCCAAACAGACUGAAAUCAAAUCAGAAGAUGGCCCAGGUUGGACAAUUCUGCGUGAUGAUUUCAUGAUGGGUGCGUCUAUGAAAGACUGGGACAAGGAAAGCGAUGGGCCAGAUAACAGCAGACCAGGAUCUACAAGUGACUCUGACACAUAAAGCAGUCUAUAGGAAGCAAUAUUUGCAAUAAUUUAAUUUUUUCUAGAAAAAUACUUUAUCCUGUGACAACUGGGGAAUUAUAAGGAUAGCAUUUGGAAGGUGGGGGUCCCAAAGAAUUUUAGCAGCUUUGGUGUUUCCUCUUUUCACAUAAAUUUUGUUAAAAUUAUAUUUUCAACUUCACAUAAUUUAAAGCAUUUUUCCUCAAAACAUUUGUUAAAGAGAAAUAUUAUUUCUAUUUGACCACCAUUUUUCUGGGAUCAUUACAUAUGUACACAUAUUGAUCAUGUCUAUUGGUAUAUUGUUUUAAUAUCACCAGUGUUUGUAGAAAUGUAUUAUCAAUUCAUAAUUAAAAUUAAUGCUUUAAAGUUCAUAAUCCUGCCUUCUAAUUCAUACAUCUGUGUAGUUCAGGGGAAUAAUUUGUGACACCUUGUUUUGUUCAGCUGUUGAGGAAAAAGAAACCUAUGCUGUAUUUAAAAUUAUAGUAUUUCUGACAUGGGUUGUUGUUUGUAUUUAGAUAAGCUGGAAUGUGCAAUUUAAGAUACACCUGAUUGCCACUUUUUACCUCCUUUUGUAUACUGAAUAAUAUAAAGACAUUUUUAAGUGUUAGAUUACUUUUGCAUGAGAAUACUGAGGUGGAAAUUCUUAUGUAUUUUUUUAAUAAUUAAACAUAAUUUGUUAGGAAGCUUAUUGGACAUGUUUUAGUGUCUCUAUCUGUCUCUCUUUCUCUCUCUUUGCCUUGAACAAUUUAGUUAGUAUAAAUUCUUUCAUGGACUACUUGUGAGUAGUCAGAGAAGAAUCAGAAAACAAGUAAUCUGCAUCAGAUACUGCAUCUAAUUUGAGACUUGGCUCCGUAUCACCUUGAAGGUAAUUACAUUGGAUGACUUUCAUAUCUGGUUGUUAAAAUGAGAAAAGUAAAACUGUUUAUUAAUUAUCAUUUCUGUGAAACUUGGCCCAAGAUCUAAAGUUUGUAAGAGAAUUUGAUAAAUCUGAUCUAUUCCUUUCUGAAAAGGAUCCAUCCCUUUCCUCAGUUUUCCAUCGUAAAAAUAGUUUCCUCCUCUCCCCACAAUUGUACACACUUGCAUAAAUUUAUAUAUUCAAGGACAAUCCUAUACCAAUCACAAUGGGCAAGAGUAGAGAUGUUUAUAUUUUCAAACAAGUAUUAUAUGACUAAAGUUAAGUUAGCUCAUGGCUUGGUAUUUGUUAUCAUAAAGGAAAGUAUACACUGAUGGUUAAAAUAGCAAAGCUCAAAAUGCAGUUUUGAGUUUAUCUUGACUUUUAAACUUUAGUGUCUUAUUAAAUCAUAGAGCUCCCAUUUUGUUAUUUUAAUAUAAGUAAAUAUGAACCAAAAAUUCUUAGUAGUAAUGUAGGAAUGCUUAAUAUCCCAAUAUAACUUAACACAGAAUAAAUAUUUCAAUAUACUCUACAGUUAAUUUUGAAAAAAAAAAUAGUGCAACACUUGUAAAUUUCUGUUCCCAGAACUAGAGAUUAUACUAUAUUGUCUUUCAUUAAACUUGUUUUUAGGUCAUACUGAAUUUUUUUCAAAAAUUUUUCUGAAUAGCACAUUCAAGUGAUAAAAAUGGUAAAUAGCUUUUCUUUACUAAUUGCUUUAAAACAUACAUGCUUAUAAUCCUUUGUUUAAUUUAGAAAAAUCGAACAAGGUUUUCAAAUUGGAAGUAAUAAGAAUAUUUUCAGAUUUUCUUCAUUUCAAUUUGAAAAUAAAAUUGAGGUGCUUGGUUAAGGGGGGAAGUUUCUUGUUAGAAGGCUAUAAAAAAAUUUAUAUAGAUGAAAUGUCUUCUGUAUGUUAAUAUUUCUGCAUAUUGGCUAUAAAUAUUUAAGCAAAAAUCACUGUAUAAAUAUGAAUCUAAAGAUGGGCAUGUUUAGAAACCAAGUGUGAACUAUAGAUGGAUGUUUUAAAUAGUCUAGCUCCCUACUCAUAUUACUUUGUAUUACAACCUUUAAAUUCUUCUGGCAUCAGUUAGAUGAAGAAUUCUGUGUCUGUUAAUCUUUCUACAUUAUCUUUGAAUUCUGUAAAGUAGGGAAAGAGAAAGAACUGUAAUCCCAUCCUACCUCUCCUUCAUUUAUCUAAACAUAACAAUAUUAGGAUUUUAUUUUGGGUAACUAGAGUAAUAUAGUAAAGAAAUUACUUUUCUCUAUUUAGAAAGAGCUAUGCAAAAUAGAAGCCAAUAAUUUAAAGGUAUUAUUACCUGGUCUGAAUAUUUAGAUGAGUGGGGUUAAUAUUUACACUGGUUACGGUUUCUAAGCAUUGAAAUUUGAAAAUCAAAAGUGGUACUUGUUUAGGACUGAAAAUAACUUAGAAUCAUUGUAGGUUAGCACUUUAGGGUGGAAGUUCAGAACAUGAAAUUGGAGUACUUACUUUAUUUUCAGGGUACCUAGAAUUCUUCAUGGCUCAAUAAUUAUUUCACCGAUUCCAAAAUAUUCCUUUAAAACUCUUAGACGGAAUAGUUCAGAAGCUUACCUUCAGUACUAGGAGCCUAAUAUGACUCAUUAAAAGGUUCUGGAAGGCUUGAGGGCAAGUCCGAGUUCUUUAAAAUAUUUUGUCUUUUAAAACAUGGGUGAAGAAAGAGGUGUAUAAGUUUGGGAAACCUCUUAGGGCUUUUUAAUCAAUGUGUUAUGCAAAUAUAAAUAUACUUUUUAUUCAGUGGCCACCAACUAAACUAAUCCUGUAUCUCUGCUCGUCUUCAGGCUGCAUGAGUACUACAGAACUUUAUUAUAAAGCCAUUGGAUUAUGGUUUAUAGAUGACUAAAGAUGUUCUAUUGAAAUGUAAAUGCAGAGAAGGUAUAAAGUUGAAGUGUGAACAGAAACAUGAACAAACUGAAAGCAUGAAUUUUGUUGCCCAAGAGUUAAAGGAAUUAUAAAAUCUAAGAAGGUGCUUAAAAUAGAUUCUUCAAGAAGCAUGCAUACUACUGUAGAAAAGAUUGUAGAUCAAAUAAAUAAGCUGGUACUUUUGCAUCUUUUGGUUAAUUUUUUUCUUUUAAUAUGUAUAUAAACAGCAAAUUGUGCAUUUUUAACUUAGAUGAGAAUUAAUUUAGUUGCUGUUAUUUCUUGUGUUAAGGGUCUUAAUAGAAUUUGAAAGGUCCUCGACAUAGCAUUGACUGAAUACCCAUUGUGAGAACUGCACUAAAACUUCCUUUCUCAAAUUCAUGUAUUAGGAUUGGUAUGACUUUAUGUGUGAUAGAUAUAGAGGCUGUCAAGACUUGAGGACGAAGACUAUUUGAGGUGAAUUGGCAGUAGAGAAAAAUUUUGGAAAUAGGAGAGAGAACUUACUUUGUACCUACAAAAAGCUCUCUUAUUCAUUCCCCAAGAAAACAGGAAUCUGAAUUGUAGCCAGUAGGAUAGAUGAAUCUUACUGACUACUGCAGCGGAGGUAGGCCUGGUAAAUUUUUUUACCUGGUGAGAUUUUUCUGAAAUUUUAUUUUAAUAUAUUAGUCAAGGGGACCUCUAUAUAGAUUAAGGAGAAGAAUGAUAUUUGAGGUGAAGAAUAAGAUAUUUAGAAUUGUGACUGGUAUUUUAACAAAAUGCUAAGUUCUAAUGAAUCUAAUCAGAACUAUGUAGAUGGAAGAUAUAUUUUAACUACUUAUAAUUAUAAAUUUUUUAAAGAGUGUUUUCUAAGUUAGAGAGCCACCUUACUAUUUUUCAUCCAGUCUACUAAACAUAUUUUAGUAAGUUGGAAUUUAGGACUUUUUAUCUAGAUCAGUGGUGAACCUUUUAUCUUAUCCUACUUUUUUAAGAAAAAUUAUGUCCAAUAUCACUUGACCCCUUCCCCUCUCUGGAGCAGGAAUAUAUAGAUUUCUGUUAAUGUUCUUUUACUUUAAACUAAAUAAGAUAAGCAAGGAUAUAUACUAGAAAAGUCAGCAUAAUUCCUUAUAAUUUGAGUCACUAGGUCAUUCCUGUCCAACAGGACUCUUCUGUGCUGAUGGAAAUAUUUUGUCCAUACUAAUAGGUAAUCACUAGCUCAAGUGGCCAUUUCAUUUAGUUAUAUAGCAGAACUAAAUCUUUAAUUUUACUUAAUUACUUUAAAUUUUAAAAGCUCCAUGUGUCUAAUAGGUCUAUUACAGCUAUAAAGAGAAUAGUCAGAGUAUAUAUUUUAGUCUAAUAAAAGGACAGUAGAUUUUGGAAUCAUAAAUUUAUCUUGAACUUUUUCUGUAAAAUUUUAUGGAUAUAUUUAUCCAAAUAAAUAUUGGUAAAUACUGAUAUAAUUUCAUUGGUUGAAUUUUUCAUUUCUUUUUUGACUAUUUUAUAAGAGACAAAUUGCUUUAUAAUUAAAUGGUAUCCUGGAUAACUGUUUGUCCUUAUAAGUAGGCUAUUCUUGGUAACAAAUAGCAUCUGAUCCGCCCCCCCCCAACCCAGUACCAGGGAUUGAACCCAGGGGCACUUAACCAGUGAUCCACAUCCCCAGCCCAUUUUAUUUUGAGACAGGGUUUCAGCAGUUGCUUAGGGGCUCUAUAAGUUGUUGAAGCUGGCUUUGAACUUGCGAUCCUCCUGCCUCAAGCCUCCCAAGUCACUGGGAUUAGCGUCUGAUUUUUAACAUUACUGUUUGAAGUUUUUUAUAAUUAGCACACCAAACUUAAGAUCUUAUUACUAUACCCCAAGAGUUUAGAUUUAUGAUGUAUUGAAAAGGAUGUAUUGAGCACUGCUGGAGCAACAGAUGCCAGACACCAUUCUAGUUUUGAAUUCCCAUGAUUUGCACUCAUAUCUGGGUGCUCACUUAUUUAGCAGGUUUUCUGAGAAACUGCUUUAAAUUGUAGGACCCUCUUAAGUCUCCCAGUCUAUUCUAGUAUACUGUCCACAUAUUGCCAGAACAAUUGUAGGUUGCAGAUUUGCAGGGUUGGGGGGGAUAGAAAACAAAGAACCAAUGAAUGUUAUUAGCAUAGCCAGUUUAAGAUGAUGAGGUGUUAACCACAUUUGUAUAAAUAACAGUUUCUCUAACCCCUGAAUCAUUAUCCUGCAUUUUAAUGCACUUGGUUCAUAAACAUCAAAGCAAGAACACCACAUUUGUAUGGGGUCAGGACCAACUGGGGCCCAGAAUGGAGAGACAGCUGAGAGCUGUGUGCAUGUGCGUGGGUGGCCUUGCAGCUGUUGAUUCACCCUCAGGCUACUAGACAGUUGCCUCUUUGCUCCUGCAGAACUAGACUUCAGUCUUAGGUAAAAAUGUUUCCCCUCCCUUGGAAAGGACAUAAACAAUGAGUUGACAUCAGUUCUGAAAACAUCAAGGAGGCAGCCAGACACAGCAGUUAGUCUGAAAUACUGAGCAGUACCAAGCAUAACAUCAGGGCUGUUUCUGACACAAUAAUAUUUGUCUUUGUACAAUAACACUGGAUUCUCUUAAGUGUAUUAUAAAUAUAAAAGCCCAUCAUUCACAAAGUUCAGUGUGAUUUUAUCCUUUGCAAAUGGCACCAAUGUGAGGAAUAACUUUAUUGCAUGAGUAAUAACUGCCAUAUCUUGGUUGUCUCUAGAUGCUGAGAUAUACUUCUUAACAAUAAAUGAAAUUAUAUUUACAUUUUAGGAAAUACCAGUAUUUAUUGUUACAUGAGGGCAUAAUUUUGGAAUAAACUAAGUUCAGAAGUCAGUUUGGACUCUUAUUAGCUAUGUGUUCUAUCACAAAUCUCUUAAAUUCUGAAACUGGCAUGUAAAUCAGGUAUCAUUAAUGUAUGCACAAUGCCUGUGUAGCACAGUACCUGAUGUGUGAUAAGCCUUCAAGAAGUGUUCUCUAUUUUUCAUUUGGAGGUUUAGAUGCUAUGCUUCUAGAUUUGACAUUCUUUCUUCGGUACAUAAUUAUAAAUAAAUAAAGCCCCCCCCAAUAAAAAUAUAAGGUCUAACAUAUACUGGAUACUUAACUGAGGUCUAGGAAUGUUCCUGGAAUCCCUCUCAAGAAUUCUUAAGAUUCCGGUUAUAUACAAUACUAUGUGAACAAUAUUGUAGAAUUUUUCUUAAUCAUCAGAAAUUUUAAACAUCCUCCAAGUAACAUGAAGACAUUUAUGUAAACUAUACAACUUCAACUUUUAUGCUACCAUUUAAGUGUCACUGUGAAGACAUGAAAACAUGUCACUCAUAUGCUAGUUAAAUGUAAACAUUAUGAAUAGUCUUAAGUAAAAAAUUUAAGUGCUCCAAAUAUAUUAAAUGAAUAUAGAAUGUAUAUUUUUUUUUUAAGAACAUGAUUUUAAGCCAGGCUUGGUGGUGCAUCCCUGUAAUUCCAGCUACACUGGAGUCUGAGGUGGGAGGAUUGCAGAUAAUUAGGCGGAUUCAAAAUAAAAAGGCCCAGGGAUGUAUCCCAGUUGUUGAAGGUUUUGCCUGGCAUGGGUGAGGCACUAGUUCCAAUUUUCAGUACCACAAAAAAGAAGAAUGUAGUUUUAAUAGUCUGAAAAGGCUCACAUUGAGUAAAAUAAUCCUGACAUUUAUGAGAUUCUAAAACAUGUUUUUUUGCCUACUUACUCUGUUCUAAAACCCAAACUCUAAAUAAUGUUUAAACACUUUUAGGGUUCAGGGAGAGGUAUAUGCAUUAGAUGAAUAUUAAGAGUCUUGUUGGCUAGAAUCCUGGAUUAUUUUUUAAAUUUUACUAAUUAUGCUGCAGUGAACAAUGAACAUAAAAAAUUUUACUCUCAUUUUCACCUGUUUGUCUUCUUUUUUUUUUUUAAUGGAAACCUAUUUUCUUGUUUUACUUUAGUGCAUCUUUAUCUAUGGUUUUACCUUCUGCAAUUUCAGUUACCCAUGGGUACUCAUGAUAUGAAAAUAUAUGGAAAAUUCCACAAAUAUAAAGUUCAUAUGUCUUAAUUUUAUGCCAUUCUGUAGUAUGAUAAGUUGUUGGACAGUUCUGCCUGAGAUAUGAAUCAUCCCUUUGUCCACUGUGUCCACACUGUAUAUACUACCCAUCCAUUAGUAGCCAUCUUGGUUAUCAGAUUUGACUGUUGUGGUAUUGCAGUACUUAUAUUCAAAACUCUUAUUUAAUAAUGCUCUAACGUGCAGGAGUUGAUGUUGACAAUUUGGAUAUUGCCAAAAAGAAGCUGUAAAGUGUUUUCUUUAAAUAAAAAGGUGAAUGUUCUCAAGUUAAUAAGAGAAAAAAAAUACUGAGUUGCUAAGAUCUGCAUAAAAUAUACUCUCAAAGCAUUUUGAGAGCAAUCACAUUCAUAUAACAUUCCAGUAUAUUGUUAUUCUGUAUUGUUAUCAUUAAUGUCUGCCUGAUUUAUAACAAUGAAACUUUAUCAUAAGUGUAUAUAGACAGGAAUAAACAUACUAUACAGGGUUGGGUACUGUCCACAGUUUUAGGGGCCUACUCUAUUUUUUAAAUGUUGCCGUGAAAAAUUUAUAUCUUAAUUAUCUGGAUAUGGCAGAAAUGGACCUACUAGUAUGACUAGAGUGCUGUCCAAUCUUUUGUCUAUUGGGAAUUUACUGUGUAUUGAUAUUGUUCUUUGUAGUACUAAGAUAACAAUAUAUUGUCCGUGCCCUGUGUUUGUUAGUGGAAUUAAAUGACUUACGAUGCAAGCGACUGAUUUUUUUUUUUUUGCUAUUAUGAAUUUAAAUAUUCACAUUAUGCUUUAUACAUGAGAACUAGAUUUUAGCUUAGAAGGUUAUUUUCUUGGAGAUAAUAGAUAACCAAAACUUUGUAAUUAAGGAUGACCUAUUGCUUCGGAUUUACAAUGUUUUCUAAAAAUACCUGUUUUAUGAUAUUUAUGAAAAAUUAUAAUUUUUAUGUGCACUAACAGUAAAUCAAUAGAAUAUAUUCUUGAGGUGGAAGUGUUAUAUAUGUGACAAUUUUUUUAAAGGAUUUUAUAGCAGACAAGUAGUAGGUGAUUGUUUAAUAAGCUGUGAUGAAAAUAAUAAGUAAAUAAGCAUGUUGGUUUUCUUGAAAUGUAAAAUUAAAAGACAUACCACUGUUCUCCUCUAGGUGGCAUGGUCUAGACUGUCACUGAAACAACUGAUAAUUUUUUUUUUCCCCACUAUAAACUAGUGGCCAGUUUUUAAACAAUUGGUAUAAUUGUGGUGUUGAUCAAUUGUUACAACUGGUCAGAUAACCAUAUUGAUGUUAGGACAGUCUCUUCUUUAAUGAUCUUAAUUGACUUAAAAUUAUAAAACAAAUACCUUAAAGAAAUAAAUAUUAAACCCAAAUCAUUUUUCUAUGAUGCUGGAGUCAUUUGGGGUCACAGUGACACUCCCAUUUUUUAAUUUAUUCCUUUAGUUUGUGUAAAUAUCAUGCCAUUUGCUAGAAACUAUAGAUGCUUUUAUACCCAAAAGAACAUAUAAAGAUGUAACUGAAAUAAUCUAAAGAGAAACCACAAAUGUUAGGAAUCUUGAUCCCCCCAAAUUUUCAGGUUAAUAGGAAACAACCUUUUCAAUUACAAGAUUGACUUUCCAGGCAUCUCUGAUUUUGUGAAGGCCGUUACUGUUUAUUAAUGGAAAAAAUCAACAUGUAAAAAGUCAGUAUUAUGUUAUCCAUCAGCACAUAAUACUUCUUGUGUUUUGUAUUGAAACUAAAAUAAAAAGGGGCAAAACACCUUCUA